UCCAAAGCCAACCCCUCCGAUGCAUCGCCCCAACACCGUCUCCGCCUCCACGGCGAUCCUCACACCGUGCGCGGCUUGCAAGACCCUCAGGCGCCGCUGCGCCGACAAAUGCGUGUUGGCGCCCUACUUCCCUCCCAAUGAGCCUCAGAAAUUCGCCAUUGCUCACCGGAUUUUCGGAGCUAGCAAUAUUAUUAAACUGCUCCAGGAAAUUCCAGAAGAUCAAAGAGGAGAUGCUGUGACCAGUGUGGUCUAUGAAGCCAAGGCUAGGUUAAGGGACCCAAUCUACGGGUGCGUCGGCACGAUUUGUCAUCUCCAGAAGCAGGUCGACGCGCUUCGGGUCGAGCUAGCCCAAUCACAAGCUGAAGUAUUGAACAUGCAAUGCCAAAAUGCAAAUUUGGUGGAUCAAUUUUGCAAAAACAUGGAAACUAAAGAAGUUCAUGAGAAUUCAUCAACCCUUGAUGAUGAAAUGCAAUAUCAUGGGAAUCCCACAUUGUAUUUUGACGAAGGAAUAAUGGGGAACUCGCCUCUUUGGACAUGAUGCAUAUAUAUUGAAAAGAAGUAUAGUAAUUACUAAAAAAAUAACCUCAAAUGAUUAGUUUGAGUAUUAUUAUAAUUAGUUGUUUAUUUUCCCUUUUUAUAAUAGGUAGUAACUAGAUUUACUACUGUCGUUAAUUUUUCCUAUAAAAUAAUUUGGACAAUAAAUUUUAUA